UCCGUCUCUUUCAUCUGGGUCAUUUGCAGAACGAUUUAAGAAUCAAUCAUCCUUUCUGCUAAUAAUACUUGGAUAGGAACGAUACCAGUUAUAGAAUCUUGAGAUGGAUUUAGCUACAAACAAUGAUCUUUCAAUAAUAUAGGAUCUGUAUUUUGAUCUCUAUACAUAAAUACGUGUAUAUAUAUAUUUAUAAAUAGAGAGAGAGAGAGAGAGGGGGGAGAGAGAGAAAGUGUGAAAGGGUUGGGAUGUUUUUUGAGGCUGCAAAUGGAAAUGUGAUCUGCUUAUAGUGGCGGGCUAUAUAUUGUUUCACUUUUGUUGUUAUCUCUGAUUUAGCUAGGAGCAGAGCCCUAUGGCCAGAAGUAGUGAAGCCUCCGUGAUUGAGUCCAAGAAUGAGUCAAAGAGGGUAGUUCCACUGAAUACAUGGGUCCUCAUCUCCAAUUUCAAGUUGGCUUACAAUCUAUUACGACGUCCUGAUGGGACUUUCAACCGCCACUUGGCUGAGUUUCUCGAUCGCAAGGUCCAGGCCGAUGCAAAUCCGAGUGAUGGGGUUUUCUCUUUUGAUAUUAUUAUUGAUCGUGAAGUAGGUCUACUAAGUAGGAUAUACCGGCCUGCAUAUGAUGAUGGAGGGAUGCCCAGUUUAACUGAGCUUGAAAAACCGGUGUGCUCUGAUGUGGUUCCUGUCAUUAUUUUCUUCCACGGUGGAAGUUUUGCGCACUCUUCUUGCAACAGUGCUAUCUAUGAUAUUCUCUGCCGUCGUCUUGUUGGUAUUUGCAAGGCCAUUGUUGUAUCAGUUAACUACCGGAGAGCGCCAGAAAAUAGGUUUCCUUCUGCUUAUGAUGAUGGGUGGACUGCUCUCAAGUGGGUCACUUCGAGGAAAUGGAUGCAGAGCAAAAUGGACUCCAAAGUUCAUGUUUACCUAGCGGGAGAUAGCUCUGGCGGUAAUAUUGCUCAUAACGUGGCUUUAAGAGCAGCAGAAUCAGAUAUCGAGGUGUUUGGGAGUAUAUUGCUGAAUCCAAUGUUUGGAGGGGAAAUGAGAACCGAGUCUGAAGAACGAUUAGAUGGCAAAUAUUUUGUAACACUUCAGGACCGAGAUUGGUAUUGGAGAGCCUUUCUCCCCGAAGGUGCAGAUAGGGACCAUCCAGCAUGCAACCCGUUCGGUCCAAACAGUAUAAAACUCGAAGGGGUUAAGUUCCCAAAGAGCCUCGUAGUCGUGGCUGGUUUGGACCUCGUUCAGGAUUGGCAGCUUGCUUAUGCCGAUGGACUUAAGAAGGCGGGGCAAGAGGUGAAACUUAUUUAUCUAGAGAAGGCAACAAUCGGGUUCUACUUGUUGCCAAACAACGACCACUUCUACACCGUGAUGGAUGAGAUAAGUGACUUUGUCAGUUCCGACUCUUGAACUGCCCCGACUUUCCCCAGAACAUGGUACUUAACAGAAGCUGAAAAUUCGGAUUGAAGUUAUCACCGUAAAGCUUGCCAAUUGCGUUUGCGUGUAAUAUUGUCUGUCUAGUUCCACUUGUUAUUGCUUUGUUAGUCAUACUAAGCUUGGAUUCUACUCUGCAGGCCCGCCCAGGUUUGGUUAUUUCAAAUGCUGAGGCAUCUUUUCCGCUUGUGCCUAGACAAUAAUAACGGUACGAGUAUUUUGGGAAACUUAAAGGGUGUCUGGUUGUGUUGUAUAGUUGCAUUAUCGUAAGAUCGAGCAGGUUGACCUAAGCCUCUGAAUCUGCUGAUUACAUUAACAUUUCCGACUUCUGGCCUCAAAACGAGAGAGAGAGGAAGAAGGGUGAAUGUGGUGCUGAUCGAUGAGAGAGAGAGCAGCAUCAUAUCCUUGCUAAUGUUAUAUAGCUAAACAUACCACUUUUAGUAGUUCAUGGAUGGAGAUUGGAGAACAUCCUUAAUUAGAUCAGUGAAUUUGUAAUAUAACUAGAAUUAUAACCACUUAUGUUUGCUUUUAUAUGGUGUAUGCAGUAUGCCCUACCAAGUGUGUAUUGUUAGUACUUGUUUCUCA